UUGGAACUGCAUCGCGACAUAGGCGGCCUGCAGCAAUUGCGCCAUUCAACAUGACAACCCCAAAAAUCAAUGUAGCCAUCGUACCAGGCAACGGCAGUGGCGACAUCACCGAGGACUGCAACUACUACGCCUGGCUGCGAGACCAGCUGAGCGCGCGCUUCAGCGGGCAGGCUGUGUCCGUGCACUUGAAGAACAUGCCAGAUCCAGUGCGGGCAUCCCAGUCUAAGUGGCUCCCUUUCAUGGAGUCGCAGCUCCACUGCGAUGAGCGGAGCAUCAUAGUGGGCCACAGCAGCGGCGCGGCGGCGGCCAUGCGCUACGCUGAGACGCACAAAGUGGGCGGCAUCGUACUGGUGGGCGCAUACACGAGCGACAUGGGUGAUGCCAACGAGCGGGCGUCGGGAUACUUCAACCGGCCCUGGCUGUGGGAUGACAUCAAGGCCAACUGUGGCUUCAUCAUCCAGUUCGCCUCACGCGACGACCCCUUCCUGCCCUGGGAUGAACAGCAGCAGGUGGCCCGCGGCCUGGGUGCGGAAUUGCACGCCUUCAAUGACCGGGGCCACUUCCAAGACGAAGAGCAGCCUGAAAUGCUGGAGGUGGUGGAGCAGCGCAUCCGGGCGGCGCUGUCAGGCGCCAGCAGAAGCUAGACGUGGACAGUAGACCUCCCACAUAGCAACCGCGCCUUCAAGGCUUAACGUGCAUGCUGCGUGUACCCGAGUACUGGGCAGAUAGAAGAUGACAUGCCUCAUGGGGCGAGGCAAAGAUGCCGCCGUGGGUUCAGGAUUGUAUGGCUCGACGGUGCUUGUUUGGCUCGGCAUGCGCCCUGGAGAUAACUACGUACAGCAUUCUUGAACUGGGCGGAGUGGGUGCUGUACCAAUGCAGCAUGCACCAUAGGUAUACGCUUCUGUUGAUGUUAGGUCCUGGCGUUGCGUGUGAGCGUGCUCUGUCUGUAAGCUCAUGCUCAAUUAUGUAACCUCACUACCGUACGUGGCGCUGCAAUGAUGUGGUGGCAAAACUGCACGUGAGUGGCCUAGGUCGUGCUGCGUCGUGUGGUCGGGGACAAUUGUUGCACGGGCAGCUAACACUACCACUACACGUUCAGUGUCGGAGUGUCCUAUCAUAGGGUGCGACACCUUGCAUGCUACACAUCGAAGCGCAUUUCAAUCGAAACGGGCCUUGAGACAAUCUGCGCUUGUCGGGCCGCACAUGGUGCACCCCUGUGACGGAAUGCAUGUCCUC